UCCUCCUCCUCUUCCUCUUCCACCGCCGCCUCCUGCCUCCACCUCCGGUUAUCCAUCCUCUUUCACUCCCCCUCGACAUCCUCGCCUCUCCCCCAUGGCCGCCCCCGCCGCCGCCGACCUGCUGCUGGACCGCGCUGUUUGGCUCGCAUGCGCCGGUCCCUUCGCACGCCUCCCCUCCGUCGACGCAAAAGUCUAUUACUUCCCAAGAGGCCACGCCGACCAGUGCCGCGGCGCCAACCCUCCGCUCCAUCUGCUCCUCCAAGACGCCAAACAACGCUGCACCGUCAAAUCCAUUGAGCUGCACUACCGCCCCACCACCGAUGAGCCUUACGCGGUGAUUACUCUAGACCAUGACCGAGAGCUCGAGCUGCUCCCCGCGGCCAUCCAACAAGAAGAGCCUACCGAGAUGAGGUACUUUGUCAGGCAUCUCACUCGCACCUCCGACGACCGCUCUCCCCUUUCCGUCACAUCCUGCGCGCUCUCCAUCUUCCCUCCCCUGCCACCCGGCGCACAUAACCAGCUUCUGGAGGCUGCGGAUGUGCACGGCCACCGCUACACCUUCAACCACUCCCUCCAAGGCGGGAAACACAGGCUGUUCGCCGGCUGGAGCCGUUACUGCGGAGAUAAGAAGUACAACGUCGUCCUGGACAGGAUCGCCGUCGUCUUCAUACGCCCACGCGCCGCAGAAGCACGCUUCAUCAUCGGCUCGCGCCGCGGCCCCGGGCCAAGCCUCCACAUCGCCACGGACCUCGUCGGCAACGUCGUGCAAGCCACACAGGCCGCGGCGGCGGCGGGAGCCCAGUCCUUCACCGUUAUCUACUACCCGCGCUAGGGCUGGCCGUACGUCGUGCCGAGGAAGGAAGCGGACGACGGGCUUGCCUUCGACUGGCAGGUCGGGAUGCACGUCCGCAUGCGCGUCCCAGUGGAC